CCCUCAUCGUUCUCAAAUCUUUCCCAGCAAGCACCUCUCUUCUUAACUGUAAAUUUCAAAUCUCUCUUCUCCCUUAAACAUGGCUACUAUUUACCGCCUUGCCACUCUCAUGCUCUUCUGCUUUAUCCAACUUAGCUUCUCCGAGUUGGUUCAAGAGCAACCCUUGGUUUUAAAGUACCACAACGGUCCACUCUUGAAAGGCAAGAUCACCGUUAAUCUUAUCUGGUACGGCAAGUUUACACCCAUCCAACGCUCCAUAAUCGUUGAUUUCAUCAGCUCUUUGAGUUCCGAUAAGGCCACAAUGGUUCCUUCCACGUCGUCGUGGUGGAAAAUUACUGAAAAGUACAAGGGUGGUUCUUCUACCUUAGCUGUGGGCAAACAAAUCCUUCUCGAAAAUUACCCGCUCGGUAAAUUCCUUAAAAACCCACAUUUAUCGGCAUUGGCCAGUAAGUUCAACGGCGUUGAUACCAUCAACGUAAUCCUUACUUCCAAAGACGUCGCCGUGGAAGGGUUUUGUAUGAGGUGUGGGACUCACGGGUCAACCCGGGUUGGACGUGGUCCUGUUCGUGGGACUUAUAUUUGGGUUGGAAACUCGGAGACUCAGUGUCCGGGUCAAUGUGCUUGGCCUUUUCAUCAACCUAUUUACGGUCCACAAACCCCACCUUUGGUUGCUCCUAACGGAGACGUUGGAGUUGACGGGAUGAUUAUUAAUUUGGCUACGCUUUUGGGAAACACCGUUACGAACCCGUUUAACAAUGGGUAUUUUCAGGGUCCGGCGAAUGCUCCUUUGGAAGCGGUUUCGGCUUGUACGGGGAUGUUCGGUUCGGGUUCGUACCCGGGAUAUCCGGGUAAGGUGUUGGUGGAGAAAAGUACAGGGGCGAGUUACAAUGCGAACGGGAUUAAUGGGAGGAAAUAUUUGUUGCCGGCGAUGUGGGAUCCUCAGACGUCAACUUGUAAGACGUUAAUGUGAUGGUACACGUGACGGAUAUCAGUGGCGAGAGAGGUGUAGACGUGGCGUUGAUAAGUAGGGGGGGCUCUUUUGUACGUUGUCGUUUCGUCUGACGUGUAAAUUGCUAUAUUUUAUAUAAAAAAAGGGAAAAUAUGGUGGGGUUUGGGGUUGGGUAUGGGGGAAGGCAGAUGAGAAAAGGAAAUGUGAAUGUGGGGAUAAUAUAUAUAUAUAUAUAAAUAAAAUAUAUGAAUAUUUAAAGAAGUGAAAAUUUUUAAAAAUGCUUUUUUUUUAUCUUUUUAAUAUUUAAUGAUGAGAGGAUAAGGUUUAAAGGUAAAGAAGGAGGAAUUUGUUUGAUCUGAAUGAUGGAGAAAGUUGCUGGGGACAUGGGGAACCAUGAUAAUGGAUGAUGUUUCAUUUCAUAAUAUCUUUUACCUUAAAAUUAAAAUUAAAAUUACAUAAAAGAUAUGCAUUUAACUUA